AAUCCGUAACAAUGAAAUCGUCCACUUCUUCGUCAACUAUGUUACAAGGAAGCCAUGAAAGUUUCAUCUCUCAGCUUGGUACGAAGUCGGAACUGCCAUGGAAACAAGUUUGCUACUGUGGAGAUAAGGCCAUUCUAAGAAGGGCAAAGACCACUAAGAGUUUUGGAAGACAAUUUUGGGGGUGUCCUCAUUUUAAGGGGCCUGAUCAUCCCGGGUGUGGGUUUUUCGAGUGGUUCUGCGAAGAAUCUGAAGAACACAAUGGGCAAAUCAUGAUGGUUAGGUUGGAGAAGCUUGGAAGGAAUAUUGAACACAUACAAGAGGAGUUUGUCAAAAUUAGAUUGUCAACUGAAGAAAUAAAGAAAGAGACUGGACACAUACAGAGUCAAUUGAAGAAGAUGAUGAAAUAUGGAAAAUGCUGUAGCUUGAUGAUUAUCAUAAUUUUGUUUGUAACCUGUUUUAUUAAGGAUUAG